AUGGCACAGUUCAUGAAGCUACUCGUGACCAUUGCAUUAACAUUCGCAGUAACAACCGCCAUCAUCACCACAACAACUACCAUAACCAACCCCACGACCGAGAAAUUUGCUCCCAAAGAUCCUUUCAAGGACCUUACGUCCCCAGAAGGGGUUAAGAUCAGACCGAGUCGGUUCCUGGCUCAAAAAGACGUCGAGGGUCAAGAACCUAAAGCCCGUAACCGAAAUGCAGCUGAACGUUGCAACAAAGAUUCAGAGAUCUGCUGUAGCACCGGAGCAAACUCUACGAUGGCUUGUUGCAACAGCAAAUGUAUGGAUUUAUCAACUGACAAGAAAAACUGCGGUGCGUGUAAUAAAAAAUGCAAGUUUGGGGAAACAUGUUGUGGCGGUCAGUGCGUUAACAUGAGUUACGAUAAACGCCACUGCGGUGAGUGUUACCAUUGUUGUCAACCCGGCGGGUACUGCGUCUACGGUCUUUAUAACUACGCGUGA